UCAGUGUUUACAAACUUGUUAUUGACUCGCUUGGGAGAACGUCAAUUUUUUCGUGUAUUAUUUCCCGAAAAUUAGACAAAAUUACGAAAAAGAAGAACGGCCUACUUAUGGAGAGUAAGGAAGUGACCAAUCUAAAACGACCGGUAGAAACAGCAGAAGAAGAUGACGUACGGAAAGGGAAAAAGAAAAGAGGGAAGGCUGAAGUGGAGGAGGAACAGGCCCCCUCUGAGGUGAAAGAAGAAGUGAAGUCGGAGAAGACAGAGAAAGAAGAGGCUGACGGAGAAGCCGAACAGGAUGACCCUACAGUUGGCUUGGAAGGAGCCUCGUUCCAGAGUCGCAUGCCCUCGGACAAGCUCACCACCCUGGAGGGAUCGCUCUUCUCCGACAUCGUGAAGAGCCCCCCUCCCACCCACCGGCUCUUCCUCCACAUCAGGAACAGAAUCUUGCAAAUGUGGCUUGAAAAUCCUCUGCAAGAACUGACCUAUGAAGGCGUCAUGGCAAACCUCGAACAACCUUUCAACUCCGAGAGCGUGCUGUGUGCUCGCAUUCAUGCCUACCUUGAACGCCACGGGUACAUCAACUUUGGCAUCUUUAAGCGCGUGAAGCCAUUGCCGCAGAAGAAGUACGGGAGCAUUAUUGUCAUUGGUGCCGGCAUUGCGGGCCUAGCAGCUGCGCAACAACUUAAUUCUUUUGGAUUUGAAGUCAUUGUGUUGGAGGCAAGGGACCGGGUUGGGGGUAGGAUAGCAACCUUCCGGAAGGGGGCCUACAUCGCCGACCUCGGAGCGAUGGUGGUGACAGGCCUGGGAGGCAAUCCCCUGAAUGUCCUCUCCAAGCAGAUCAACAUGGAACUCAUCUGUAUCAAACAGAAGUGCCCUCUGUAUGAGUCCAAUGGGAAUACGGUGCUAAAGGAUAAAGAUGAGAUGGUUGAAAGGGAAUUUAAUCGUCUUCUUGAAGCAACCAGCUUUUUGUCUCAUCAGCUCGAUUUCAAUUAUGUUGACAACCGUCCUAUUAGUCUUGGAGAGGCACUGGAGUGGGUUAUCAACUUGCAAGAAAAGAAUGUUAAAGAAAAACAGGUUAAUCAUUGGAAAACAGUUGUCAAAUUGCAAGAGAAACUCAAGACUGUCUUAAAUAAGAUGCACACACUUCAUGGAAAGAUUGAAACCCUUCACAAAGAGCAUGAACAGCUGAGCGAAAAGAGAAAUUCCCGAAAUAUCACAAAUGAAUUUGUUUACCGUGUUAAGUUGCGGGAAUUGCAGAAUGCUUGCAAGGAGUGGGACCAACUGGUCGAACAACAAAGAGAGAUAGAGGACAAACUGCAAGAACUGGAGGCAUCGUCGCCAAGCGACGUCUAUCUCUCAUCCCGUGACAGACAGAUCUUGGACUGGCACUUUGCUAAUCUCGAAUUUGCCAAUGCCACUCCCUUGCACAACCUCUCCCUCAAGCACUGGGAUCAGGACGAUGACUUUGAGUUCUCAGGCAGCCACCUCACAGUUCGAAAUGGAUACUCGUGCGUUCCAGUAGCCCUCAGUGAAGGCCUAGAUAUCCGGCUAAACACCGCAGUGCGCAAAAUAUUAUACACAAACACCGGGGUCGAGGUCACAGUAUCUAAUGCUCGUAACCAUUCCAAUCCAGCGACUUUAAAAGCUGAUGCAGUGCUGUGCACACUACCUCUGGGUGUUUUAAAGCAGUCAGUUAUUGCCAACCAGAAUGCUCCUCACACUGUCACAUUCAGCCCUCCUUUGCCUCAGUGGAAGGUUGAUGCGAUCUCGAGACUAGGAUUCGGAAAUCUCAAUAAGGUUGUUUUGUGUUUCGACCGGGUGUUCUGGGAUCCAAACGCAAAUCUCUUUGGACAUGUGGGAUCCACGACAGCAAGCAGAGGUGAGCUCUUUCUCUUCUGGUAUUUGUACCGUGCUCCAGUACUCCUAGCACUGGUAGCAGGAGAAGCCGCAGCAAUUAUGGAAAAUGUCAGUGAUGAUGUCAUUGUUGGCCGUUGCAUUGCUGUGCUGAAGGGAAUCUUUGGCAACUCCUCUGUACCACAGCCUAAAGAAACGGUAGUGACUAGAUGGCGUGCGGAUCCAUGGUCCAGGGGCUCGUACUCUUUUGUCUCCACGGGGGCAUCUGGCAAUGACUACGACAUCCUAGCCACACCCAUCUCUCCGCACCAGGCCAAUCAGAACCCACAGAAUUCACAGAACUCGACUGAUGUACCUUCUCCACCUCCGAGACUGUUCUUCGGAGGGGAGCACACCAUCCGAAACUAUCCUGCCACGGUCCAUGGGGCCUUGCUCAGUGGUCUUCGCGAGGCAGGACGGAUUGCAGAUCAGUUCUUGGGCUGUCCUUACGCCGCCCCAUCCUCACCUCCCACUAACGGCACUGCCAAGAUCGAGACUUAGUGUUCUGGAAGGGGUGUAUGUCUGAGCGGAUUAGUAAUUUAAAGGGGUGGGGGGGUCAGCUUUUCAGAUCUUGUAAUUGAGUGUUAGUUUUAAUCUUCGCAAAGUCUAGUGGCAUCUUCUUUUCUCUCUCUCUCUCUUCCUUUUUUUCUAGUAGGUUGUCUAUUUAAUUUGUUUCAGAGUCAGAUGAAUGAUAUUUAGUUUCUACUUUAAAUUUCUUGCUUUAAUGUCAACUUUGAAGCACACAAGUCAGUACUACAUUAGCGGAAUGAUAUACAAGCUGAGAGGGAGAAAAAAGAAAUAGGAGAAGAGAAGAUUGCAUUAUCAAUUAGUUUAUUCUUGGAGUUUAUACAGAAAACAUUGAAAUUAAAUUAUUUCAGAAUGACAUUGCACAAUAUCUACUGUGCCAUUAUAUCAAUAUUGUGCUAUUUUAUAUUCACACUACAAAACUAAGAAAUAGAUUUGAAUAAAAAAGUUGUCACCAUAAAAAUAGUUUUGUAUUUGGAUGCUCUAACAUUUUUAAAAGUUCAUGUUCAAAUUUCAUAAAGUACUAAUUAGAAGUCCAGUAUUAAUUUACAUACAUGUACAUAGCCUCCUUUUGGUUAGUAGUAGGUGAUAAAGGAGACCCUUAAGAAAUCAGUGCAUUUUCAGUGUAAUAAGAUUAGCAUUUAUACAUGGUAUCUUUGUUCAGGUGGUCCUUCAUACAGGUACAUUUAUUUAUAUAUUGUAUGUGUGGAAAUGUGCUUUAAAUGUUCAAAAGAAUGAGUGUUUUUGAUAAUUGUUGAUUUGUGAAGAAUUACUCUUCAGGUGUAACUAUUCAGCCAAGUGUAUUUAGUUAUUUGCUAACUGAAUUUUCAUUCUAAACUUAUUGAUAUCAAAACAUCAAAGAAGUUUAGAUAUUAUUUAAAAAUACAAAUCUUGCAAAUCCGCAAUACCCUUUUUCAAAAUCCAUUUUCACUUUUGGUAUAAACAUCGUAUCCCUUCUACUUUUUGCUUUGUAUUUAUAACUACUCUGUUCUAUAAGGUCGGCAAUCUAGGUUCCAUCCACAUCUUCAAGUUCUUCAUUUGACUCCUGAACAGCAAUAUCAGGCUAAAAUUAUAUGUAUUUACAAAAACAAAUGGAGAAAGGUACAAUCUUUUGACAUCGUACAGUGAGUAAGGAUGUCAAAUUUAAGAUAAUGAAUUUCUUGCUUUUAAUAUCCCUAUUUUUUAAGCAAUUAAGAUGAAAAAAAUAGUAAAAAAACAGUGUUUUGCCACAUAAUAACUGCUGUCUUUAAAUUAUUGUAUUUUGUGUGGCAAGUCACUGAUUAUCUGGUCUAAAGCCAGAGAAUGUAGUCAGUCCUUAAUAAAAUAAAAAUCAA